AUGGAGACGGAUAGUUGCUUGUCUUUUUGUUCCCCGCCUAAUAGGACAUCCCAGGACGAGUCCACGGCUUUGGAGCGCAGUUCUGAUACUUUUCGACCCGGUAACGAGUCACCGAAUGCCCAGCACCAUAUUCAUUCCCAUCGAAUAAAUGUACGUGGUGAUUUUUACAGCCACUCAACUGCAGGAAGGUUCACUGACACUCUGGGGGACUUUGCUCACAGCGUGGUUACGCCAAACCCUCGCGAUUCACCGGUGAAACUGCACAGCAAAUAUCUGGAAGCUUUAAACCAAAGUCAGAAGUUUUUAUCAUUAAGUGGGAAGACUCUGCUUUAUGAGAGUAAUCCUGAGGAUGGGGAGAAAGGCCAGGCCAAGCCCCUUGGUUUCCCAGUCCCAGGCUCCUACUGCUGCGGCAGACUGAAGGAGCUGCCAGCUGAGCCGCUGGGAGAGUCCAUCGCCGACUCCAUCGACCUGUCGGGCAAGAGCAAGAAGCGGCGAAACCGCACUACCUUCAGCACCUUCCAGCUGGACGAGCUGGAGAAGGUGUUCCAGAAGACGCACUAUCCGGACGUCUACGCCCGCGAACAGCUGGCCCUCCGCACUGACCUCACAGAGGCUCGUGUGCAGGUGUGGUUCCAGAACCGCAGGGCCAAGUGGAGGAAGCGGGAACGCUAUGGCAAGAUCCAGGAUGUGCGCAACCACUUCGCUGCUACAUACGACAUCUCCAUCCUGCCUCGCUCUGAGGCUUACACCCAGAUCCAAAGUAACCUGUGGCCAGGGAGCAGUCCUGGGACCCCGGGGGUGGGUGGGGGCUGCGUUCUGGGCCCCGACAGCAUGCCCUCAUCCUGCAUGACCCCCUACUCCCACCCCCACCCCCACCCUCACAGCAACAUCCCAGGUUUCAUGGGUAUCUCUGCCUCGCCCGGUGGUCCGCACCACCCCCACUCGCACCCCCACGCGAGCGUCAACAGCCUGUACUCACUGCACGGCUUCCCCGGGGCACUGGGAGGCCACUCUUUCGAACCCGCACCCGAGUCUGACUACAAGCCUUCCGGCCUGGUAGCCCUGCGGAUGAAGACCAAGGAGCCUGGUAGCCUUCUCUCCUGGCCCACAUGA